UACUUCCUAGAAACAGCAAGUACGCUGCUCAACCCUGCCUGAACUUUCCUGUAAACAGCCACUGACAGACUGCAUCCCUGCUGGGUGGAUCCCGCGACUCCUAGAGGGAAUGGCACUUCUUGUUUUUAAUUAGCAAGGUGAAAGGUGAAUUAAAACUAGCAGUUUGGCAAGUCGGUGCAAGAGGCUGACUUCUGAGAGGCUUCCAGGAGCCCGAAGAGAGGACCUCCACGGGAGAAGGGAGUGCGUGUGCGUGUGCGUGUGCUCGGGUUUUUUUUUUUUUUUCUGAAUGAACAGCUUUGCCUAAGUGACUGAAAAAUACAGCUUCUUCCUGAAUCUACCGGCGUAGUUGCUGAAGAGAGCUCUAGACAGGACAUGGCUCUGAAGACUCACUCUUUGGAAUGUCCUCUUGCUCCCGGCUUAUAAACAACUGUCCUGAGGAAAGAAAGGUUUUACGUAGCCAAAUACAGCCUGACAAAUGGCACUUCGGAACUGUGCUUUCUGAUGACAACGCGUUCGAUUUCUGACAAAGCCUCUCGCACGCUGCCCCUGGAGGGAAGUCCUAAGUAAAACUCAGACCCUCCUUAAAGUGAGGAGCGAGGGCUUGGACGGUGAACACGGCAGCAUGGCAUCCGCCGGGUACAUUAUCACCUUGCUCCUGUGGGGUUACUUACUGGAGCUUUGGACAGGAGGUCAUACAGCUGAUACUACCCACCCCCGGUUACGCCUGUCACAUAAAGAGCUCUUGAAUCUGAACAGAACAUCAGUAUUUCAUAGCCCAUUUGGAUUUCUUGAUCUCCAUACAAUGCUGCUGGAUGAAUAUCAAGAGCGGCUCUUCGUGGGAGGCAGGGACCUUGUAUAUUCCCUCAGCUUGGAGAGAAUCAGUGACGGCUAUAAAGAGAUACACUGGCCUAGUACAGCUCUAAAAAUGGAAGAAUGCAUAAUGAAGGGAAAAGAUGCGGGUGAAUGUGCAAAUUAUGUUCGGGUUUUGCAUCACUAUAACAGGACACACCUUCUGACUUGUGGUACUGGAGCUUUUGAUCCAGUUUGUGCCUUCAUCAGAGUUGGGUAUCAUUUGGAGGAUCCUCUGUUUCACCUGGAAUCACCCAGAUCUGAGAGAGGAAGGGGCAGAUGUCCUUUUGACCCCAGCUCCUCCUUCAUCUCCACUUUAAUUGGUAGUGAAUUGUUUGCUGGACUCUACAGUGACUACUGGAGCAGAGACGCUGCAAUCUUCCGUAGCAUGGGGCGACUGGCCCAUAUCCGCACUGAGCAUGACGAUGAGCGUCUGUUGAAAGAACCAAAAUUUGUAGGUUCAUACAUGAUUCCUGACAAUGAAGACAGAGAUGACAACAAAGUAUAUUUCUUUUUUACUGAGAAGGCACUGGAGGCAGAAAACAAUGCCCACGCAAUUUACACCAGGGUCGGGCGGCUCUGUGCGAAUGAUGUAGGAGGGCAGAGAAUACUGGUGAAUAAGUGGAGCACUUUCCUAAAAGCGAGACUCGUUUGCUCAGUACCAGGAAUGAAUGGGAUUGACACACAUUUUGAUGAAUUAGAGGACAUUUUUUUGCUACCUACUAGAGAUCAUAAGAAUCCGGUGAUAUUUGGACUCUUUAACACUACCAGUAAUAUUUUUCGAGGGCAUGCUAUAUGUGUCUAUCAUAUGUCUAGCAUUCGGGCAGCCUUCAACGGACCAUAUGCACAUAAGGAAGGACCUGAAUACCACUGGUCAGUCUAUGAAGGAAAAGUCCCUUAUCCAAGGCCUGGUUCUUGUGCCAGCAAUGUAAAUGGAGGGAGAUACGGAACCACCAAGGACUAUCCCGAUGAUGCCAUCCGAUUUGCAAGAAGUCAUCCACUAAUGUACCAGGCCAUAAAACCUGCCCAUAAAAAACCAAUAUUGGUAAAAACAGAUGGAAAAUAUAACCUGAAACAAAUAGCAGUGGAUCGAGUGGAAGCUGAGGAUGGCCAAUAUGAUGUCUUAUUUAUUGGGACAGAUAAUGGAAUUGUGCUGAAAGUAAUCACAAUUUACAACCAAGAAAUGGAAUCAAUGGAAGAAGUAAUUCUAGAAGAACUUCAGAUAUUCAAGGAUCCAGUUCCUAUUAUUUCUAUGGAGAUUUCUUCAAAGCGAAGGCGUUUCCGGAGACAAGAUGUUCGACAUGGAAAUGCAGCGCAGCAGUGCUUUGGACAACAGUUUGUUGGGGAUGCUUUGGAUAAGACUGAAGAGCAUCUGGCUUAUGGCAUAGAGAACAACAGUACUUUGCUGGAAUGUACUCCACGAUCUUUACAAGCAAAAGUUAUCUGGUUUGUACAGAAAGGACGGGAGACAAGAAAAGAGGAGGUGAAGACAAAUGACAGAGUGGUUAAGAUGGACCUUGGUUUACUCUUCCUAAGGUUACACAAAUCAGAUGCUGGGACCUAUUUUUGCCAGACAGUAGAGCAUAGCUUUGUCCAUACUGUCCGUAAAAUCACCCUGGAGGUAGUGGAAGAGGAGAAAGUCGAUGAUAUGUUUAACAAGGACGAUGAGGAGGACAAGCAUCACAGGAUGCCUUGUCCUGCCCAGAGUAGCGUCUCACAGGGAGCAAAACCAUGGUACAAGGAAUUCUUGCAACUGAUCGGUUACAGCAACUUCCAGAGAGUGGAAGAAUACUGCGAGAAAGUAUGGUGCACAGAUAGGAAGAGGAAAAAGCUUAAAAUGUCCCCCUCCAAGUGGAAGUAUGCCAACCCUCAGGAAAAGAAGCUCCGUUCCAAACCUGAGCAUUACCGCCUGCCCAGGCACACGCUGGACUCCUGAUGGGGUGAGACUAUCUACUGUCUUUUGAAGAAUUUAUAUUUGGAAUGUAAAAAAUAAAUCAUCCAACUUCUUUGCAUUACUUAAAAGAGAUUUCUGUAAUACAGGAAUGACUAUGAAGGUGUUAUAAUAAAUUAUUCUACAUACUCAUUUGACUGGAUAAAUUUCACAUAAAAUUAACUAAUUUUUUAAAUAAAUGCAUUGCUUAAUGGUUUCUCAUUAUGUUUAUCAAAAAACAAUAUAGCUGUAAUUUUCAGUACUUGGCUGCUUUUCCGUGAAGAUUAUUAUUUUAGUUUUGGAAGACUUAAGAGUAUUAGAAUAUUGAAGAAAAAAUUGGAGAAUUUUAUAAUCAUGGUAAAUAUAAAAACUAAAUACGUUUUAAUAUUUCAGAAUUUUUCUUUUCCACCACAUUGUAAGAUAUGCAGAAUACAAGAUACUUUGUCAUUCUCAUGUGAACUUUCUGUACUCUUUAAGGAUUUUUUUUAUUAGUGUUGUUUAAGUCAUGAGUGUUAAGUAGCAGGUGUGUUGUGACUGCUGUAACCCAUGAAAGGAAAAAUGUGGUCGUUCUGAGGCUUGUGCCCUUCGUAAAAUAUUCAUUAAAGCAUACUCACAAUAUUUUUGCUUUAUAACACAGUCUUUAAAUUUCACUCACUGUGGAAAGAAAAACUAAGGUAACUUCUCAGAAAGAUAUCAAAGAAUGUCAAAUCAGAUGAAGUUAUAGUUAGAAUUCUAACUACUGUAAAAGAUUUUUGCUGCUCUCUUGUGGUAAGAAAAAGUAUAUUCUCACACAUUUCUUUUUUCUCUACAGAUGGGUAUCUGUUUAGGAAAGAUUUGAAAGCAGAUUAUCAGUAGAUACAUCGAUACAUGAAGUUCAUUUGCAGAAACAAAUAACUGAAAUAAAAAACACAUUAAUCCUUAUGUCAUACUUUAAUAUGAAAGUAUUGUUUAUAGAUAAUUUAUUGUCUCACAGGUCAAAAAUGGAGAUUUUGCGGCACUGAAGAUCUAUUAAAGCCCCAAAGUUUAAGUUUCCAACUAAUCUUCGCUGAAAUCUAAAAUAUAUUAUAACAACCAUGCUUUAUUUGUGAAAAAGUAUUAAAGUGAUUUGCUCUCAAA